AUGGUAGAGCGGAGGUUGAGAAAGAUAGUGCCUAUUUUGGAGAAUCAAUUUGGAUUUAUGCCUAGUCGAUCGAUGACUGAGGCAAUUCACCUUGUGCGGAGGCUGGCGUAUGACAAGGUUCUUGGGGAGGUUCUGUGGAGAUGCUUGGAGGAGAGAGAGAUAUCAGUGGCAUACAUCCGUUUGAUUAAGGACAUGUAUGAGGGGGCGAAGACUCAGCCUAUCGUUGCACAAGAUGCGAUAGUCACAGCAAAUGAUGGGCUAACCGAAGUCAUAGAGCUUCCAAUGGCAAAAGAAAUUGAAGUGGAAGCAUCACGCCAUUUUCCUCUUUGUGAUCGAAAGAUUAGAUCGCCAGAACUUGUAGGGAAGGAUGGGAAGGAAGCAAAGGAAAUAAUAGAGAAAGAGAACACAAAAGUUAAAGCUUUCAUUUUACCUGUUGGCCAUCCAAAGCCUCGUAUUAUUGGCUGUAUAGUUUUUGAGUCAUUUGGUCUUUAUCUGUCUGUGUUGGUGCUAGGUGGUCUACGGCUGACCCUCUGGUCAAAGAAAUUUAGAAAAGAGAUGAAGAAGAAGUAA